UUGUUAUCAUCCACCACCAUUCCUCUGUAUAAAAACACCAACUGCUCCACCAUGUUGUAGCUACUAGUUAUAACUCACUAACUAUAACCAUGAAGGUGCAUCAGUUCGCACGUGGAUUCUGGGAGCACGAACCCUCCCUCACGCUCGGCUGCAAACGCUUACGACCCCUUGCCCCCAAGCUUUCCAACACUGACUCCACUACCUCCAUCACUUCACCUCCUGUCACAACUUUCGACCUCAAGAGCUUCAUCAAACCAGAAAGUGCUUCCAGAAAACUUGGAUCCUCUCAUGACAAUAAGAGAGACCCUUCUUCACCUCAGGGCCAGGUGGAAACGCAUAUUCCAGGAGGGACGCGGUGGAAUCCGACGCAGGAACAGAUAGGGAUACUGGAGAUGCUGUAUAGAGGAGGGAUGCGAACACCGAAUGCUCAACAGAUAGAGCAGAUCACAGUCCAACUAAGCAAGUACGGCAAGAUCGAAGGGAAGAACGUGUUCUAUUGGUUCCAAAACCACAAGGCACGCGAGAGACAGAAGCAGAAGCGUAACAACCUCGGCCUUGCUCAUAGUCCUCGUACUCCCACCACCCUAGUGUCACCUUCCUUCAGUUGUAGUGUAAUAACCUCUUUGGACACGACAAAACGGGGGGAGGUGGUGGAAAGAGAUGAAGAAGAUAGCCCUUUGAAGAAGUGUAGGAGCUGGGCAUUUGAGUACUUGGAAGACCAAAGUUGGUCAUCAUGGAAAGAGGAGGAACACAGAACUCUGGAGCUUUUCCCGUUGCACCCGGAAGGCAGAUGAAGGGGUUUGUUUGGUUGUUUUGUUCAUUUGUUUAACCAUUUAACGAGAAACAAUUUUAGCUUUUUUGUUUUGUUUAGUUUGCUUUUAGUUUUCACUUUCUUCUUUGGUUGUGUCGGGAAAGAAGAAAAAGACAAAGUUGUCUACACCUUGUACUGUUCCCGCGCGCUCUGAGACCAAAUUAACCAAACCUGCGUAAUUGUCUCUUUACUUGUUGAUUUCAGCGCAGUGGGUGUGAAUAAAUCGAAGCUUUUAGGUUAAAAGGAGGAGCUACGGACACUGAAGUCCACGCACCUACUCCUUC